UAUUUGUUAUCUACUAACUAAUGAAAACUUAAUUUCAUGCGUGAUGUAUCUGUACAUCAUUAAUUCAUGUUAACAACUACAUUACUUGUGACCUAUAUUAUUUAUAUGAUCUGGUUGUGAAGUGACCCUAAACCGUAAAUACAUGCUAAAACAGUAAAUGGUAAACAGUGUAAUUGAGCAUGGUUAAUUUAACUCUGAAACAGCUUAUGAGUCUAUGAAGGACGAAAUGUACUCUGUCACAAUUGAGUAUUUUACAGAAGAUAUUUUUGAAAAUAUACAAAUAUGCAAAUACAGGCUAUCUUGAGUAGACUAUUUUUAUUUCAAUUGAAUUUGGAUUCCCCUUGAACUCUUGUACUCUUGUACACUCUGCUUGCUUGUUUCUGUUUAACCAGCAUGAUUAUUUGUGCAAAUGCAUCACAGGAAAUGUUCAAUCCGCAUAAUAUUCUGUGAAAACGCUGGAGUCACUUUUAGUGCUAUUAUAAGAGUGCACAGUCCAUGCCAGAGCUCAGACCCUCAUAUCAUCUUUUAAGUUCAGUUAGGAGCUGAUUUUGGCAGGUGAAGCCAUAUCUUCCUCAGCCAAAGACACUGCCUUUUCUACAUGGCUAGUCCAGACAAAGCGGACGUAGAUAUUUAUAAAAGAGACUGAAACUAAUAAAAAAAGUAAACACCUGGGUGCUUUCCCUUUAAAGGGGUAAUAACAUUGCCACCUUCGCUGUAGAUUGCCCUGGGGAGCUGUUUUAGCCCUUUUCAUCAUUUAAACCCACACUGACUGUGGGUAGAGCAGUGUUCUCCACCCUAGGGCCACACCUCCACCCUGCUGGUAGAGCAAUGUUCUCCACCCUAGGGCCACACCUCCACCCUGCUGGUAGAGCAGCGUUCUCCACCCUAGGGCCACACCUCCACCCUGCUGGUAGAGCAGCGUUCUCCACCCUAGGGCCACACCUCCACCCUGCUGGUAGAGCAGUGUUCUCCACCCUAGGGCCACACCUCCACCCUGCUGGUAGAGCAGUUCUCCACCCUAGGGCCACACCUCCACCCUGCUGGUAGAGCGGUGUUCUCCACCUGAGAGCCACACCUCCACCCUUCUGGUAGGGGCGGUACGCUGACACCGUUUACCUCCUGAGCGUGCGAGCGUCAGCCUCCUCCCCUCCUCACGCCGACCCCCCCUCCGCCCCCCCCCUGGAUCCGCGGCGUGUCGGCGGCUAUGGUAAGGCCAUGCGGGCCGGCCGGGGGAGUGGCUGCCGUGACCGUGGCGACGGGGGGCGGGGCCUGCUGCUGUUGCUGUGGCUGUGUAACGGGGCGUGGGCCCAGUGCCCCGAGCGCUGCCACUGCAGCUGGGAGAGCGGCGAGGUGCAGUGCACGGACGCCGGGCUCCGGGACGUCCCGCGGGGGCUGCCCGCCGACACCGUCUCCCUCCACCUGGAGCGCAACCUCAUCCGCAACAUCCCGGAGGGCGCCUUCCGGGACCUGCCGCACCUGCGGGACCUGCACCUGGCCCACAACCGCAUCGAGUCGCUCUCCUCGGGGGCGCUCCGCCACCUGAGCGCCGAGCUGCGCCUGCUGGACCUGUCGCACAACCGCCUGCGGCGCGCCAGCCGCGAGGACUUCGGCCCCACGCGCGCCAAGACCCGCCUCUUCCGCAACCCCUGGCACUGCGACUGCGCCCUGCAGGAGCUGGUGGAGGCGCUCAACCUGGAGCCCGAGACCGUCAACGACAUCGUGUGCGAGAGCUCGGCGCGGGGCCUGGGCGAGGGCGGGCGCUGGGAGGAGGUGGGCGGGCCCGGCGGCGGGGGCGGGGCCGGGGAGCACGCCGGCCAGCCACUGGUCAAGCUGCUGGACUCCGGGGUGAACUUUUGCAGCAUGCAGCGGAAGACCACGGACGUGGCCAUGCUGGUGACCAUGUUCGUCUGGUUCUUCAUGGUCAUCGUCUACGUGGUCUACUACGUGCGGCAGAACCAGGCCGAGGCCCGUCGCCACCUGGAGUACCUGAAGAGCCUGCCCAGCCCGCGCAAGACCCCCACGGAGACGGACACGCUCAGCACGGGCUUCUGAGCCGCCCCACGCAGCCCCGCAUCUCCCAGCCUCCCCCUCCUUCGGGCUGCUCGAACUGCCGAACCCGUCAAAAACACGUUUCCGGAACAUUCUGGACAGAUUACCGUUAGGUUCCCCAUGUAGACUGUGGGAUGAAUGGUCAUGACCGGAACAUUUCCCCCAAACCGUUCUUGGAACAUUUUUAUUAACAGGUUCUGCCACGGAGCAGAAAGUUGUUUUUUUUUUAAUUUAAUUUUUAAAAAUAAAAUUUCAAGAGAUAUCCAGGAAACUAAACAAAAGCUAAUUUGUGGAAUGUUUCCCCAUGAAACUUCUGGGAAUGUUUUUGGGAACAAGAAACUUGCACUCAACUCUUGAUCACAAGAUUGCCGUGUAUGUAGCGAGUGACAGAUUCUAAAUCGCAUCUGUACUGACGGCAGUCACAAGGACAAUGUGAAUGACCCAGACUGUGACCCGGUGGCACCCUGAUGGUGUAAAUCCUCACCCAGAAUCCUCUCUGUACCCGGAAUUUACAUACACGCACCCUGAGCAGGACCAGAGAGGAGACGGGCUUCGUUUUUGGACCCGCAAGCCUUCCAAGCACCAUAACAAACACACUGAGCACAAGUCCACUCAAGCAAUCAAUACGAAUGUGAUUGUGCUGAUUUACACAUUUGUUAUUGUAACCCAGGAAAUGUGUUUCUCUCGAAUCGAGUUCAGCCACCAAUCGUCUCUAAAUAGAACGAGCAGUAGUCUGACGCGCCCCAGUGCUGAGUGGGCACCUUGAAGUAUACUGCAGUCUUGGGGACAGAGAUAUUAAUACCAGAUUUAGAACUGACUCAAUAAUUAAAUCCCCUGUCUUUUCAAAAUGACGUUAAUGAUCUCUUUUUUUUUUUUUUCGGGAUGCCUGUCCGUCGAUCUCUAUUAAUGUUUUUGUGUUGCAUUUCAUGAAUCGGUUCUAAAAACUGGCAGUUAAGGACCGUGGGCAUUUUUAUAGCUGUUUAAAUGUUAAUUUGCCCUGCAGUCUGUCUUACUGCCGUGAGCUCAAACACCCAGAAUGCCCUUUGCUAUAAAAAGAUGGUGGUGUGAAAUGAAUGUACAUUCUGAACAGUGUGUUGCUGUCACCCAGCAUGGUUAUGUUUAUGUACACAGGGUGCGUUUGGUUAUGUUUAUGUACACAGGGUGUGUUUGGUUAUGUUUAUGUACACAGGGUGUGUUUGGUUAUGUUUAUGUACACAGGGUGUGUUUGGUUAUGUACACAGGGUGCGUUUGGUUAUGUUUAUGUACACAGGGUGCGUUUGGUUAUGUUUAUGUACACAGGGUGUGUUUGGUUAUGUAUACAGGGUGUGUUUGGUUACGUACGCAGGGUGUGUUUGGUUAUGUUUAUGUAUGCAGGGUGUGUUUGGUUAUGUAAACAGGGUGUGUUUGGUUAUGUAUACAGGGUGUGUUUGGUUACGUACGCAGGGUGCGUUUGGUUAUGUUUAUGUACACAGGGUGUGUUUGGUUAUGUAUACAGGGUGUGUUUGGUUACGUACGCAGGGUGUGUUUGGUUAUGUUUAUGUAUGCAGGGUGUGUUUGGUUAUGUAAACAGGGUGUGUUUGGUUAUGUAUGCAGGGUGUGUUUGGUUAUGUAUGCAGGGUGUGUUUGGUUAUGUACACAGGGUGUGUUUGGUUAUGUACACAGGGUGUGUUUGGUUAUGUUUAUGUACACAGGGUGUGUUUGGUUAUGUUUAUGUACACGGUGUGUUUGGUUAUGUUUAUGUUCACAGGGUGUGUUUGGUUAUGUACGCAGGGUGUGUUUGGUUAUGUAUGCAGGGUGUGUUUGGUUAUGUACGCAGGGUGUGUUUGGUUAUGUACGCAGGGUGUGUUUGGUUAUGUACGCAGGGUGUGUUUGGUUAUGUACGCAGGGUGUGUUCGGUUAUUUUUAUCUACGCAGGGUGCGUUUGGUUAUUUUUAUCUACACAGGGUGUGUUUGGUUAAUUUCGCAGUGUGCGUUUGGAAAUGUACGCAGGGUGACAUAUUGUACGCACAGCAAGCACUUCUGCCAUUUCCAGUGAUGAUAUUCACACUCCAAAUUUAGUUCCUACUUAACAAGUGAUUGUAUCCAGGCAGAUUUACAUGUACUCCAAUUACUCCCAAAGAUGGUUGCUGCUCCAGCACUGAUGUCAAACGCGUUGUAAACAUUACACAUCAUGUCUAAGUAAAAUAAUUGGAGAAAUUAAUUAAAUUAAUGAAUGUUAAAUCACGUUAGCUGUGUGUCCUGUUAGCCAGUGGAGUCUGUACAUGUGCUAGGAGAGGGUAACUGUGAAUGUAGUGUUAAACGUUUCUCAGCAUUACGUCUGUCUCCUUGUCGUGGUGAAGAGUACAUUUUAGGAAACACGGCGGAAUCGCCGUGUGUACCCCCCGGCCUCCCCUUGACGGGACUGUGUCGUGUUUUCUGUACGUGUCCGGGUCCGAGCGGCUCCGAAGCAGCGAACGUAGCAUUAUUAUACGGCAGCAAUAAACGCUGAGCAGAACACCAGCUUUCUACCCCGGCUAAUUCUGGCCGAAUGCAGCCGGGCCGUUCAGCUGCGAAACGGCGCGGUUAGCGCCCGAUGCUACAUUAGGCGUCUCAUUUCCUCGUGGAUGCCCGCGAACGCUCGGGGGGCUGAUUGGGCGUUUGUCAGGCCUGCAGGGGGCGGCUGUGCAAUCUCCCUGGAAGACGGGCGCGGCCCGACGGAUUAUUCAGCCUGAAAAUGGGCUGUUUUCCCCCCCAGAGCAUCCCUCUGCAGGUCUUUCCUGUUGCAGAUAAAUGUCACCAUUCGUUUGCAUCCCCCAGCCUAGAUGUACCUUGUUGGGUUUUGUCCAGAUCACAAACUCAUUUUUUUUGUUUUGGAGAUCCAAAAAAAAAAAAAAAAAAAAAAAGAUACUAUCUGGCUCAAACGAGAAAAAAAAAAAAAAAAAAAAUCAGGAACUGGAGAGAGACCCCUUUUUGUGUAAUUUUUUAAAUUAAAGUAUUUUUAUUUGUGUUUUUGUCCUUGUGAUUCUUUCCUGCCUUCCAAAUUUAUUUCAAAACGUUGAUCUAUUAGAAUGGAGAUUACAUCAUAAUAUCACAGAAAUAAUGAAAUUUAAAUAAACUCAGGAAAAAAAAAGAAAAGAAAAAAAAAAACAGAAAAAGAAAAGAAAUGUGGCUCUGGUUUGUUUAUAGAAAUGCUUCUUCCUUUUUAUUUCUGAGGAGAAAGAUCUGUAGCGAAGAUUGAAAAGCAGAGAUACAGGAUGACAGAAUGAGAUUGCACGAUUAUGGCUGAUCGCAGUGGACCACCGAACUCGUUCCUAUUCUACCAUGCUUAAAACUUUAAAAUACAGGGAAAAAAGCAUCUAUUUUACAUAUACAAAGUAGCAAAGGAUUUCACUUCUCGCUUGUUAUCUCGGGCCUUUCACUUCUUACAAAAAGAAUCAUAAAAAAUCUGAUCCACCCAGGACCCUCCCGCACUGGCAGUGCGUGAGACCCAGUGUGAUCAGAGCCAAAUCUGACCCAUCCAGGACCCUCCCGCACUGGCAGUGUGUGUGACCCAGUGUGAUCAGAGCCCAAGCUGCCUGUGCAUCUCAGCCGAGCUGAUCCUAGAUCAGCCUCUCCCUGCCCGGAUCACGACCUCGGCCAUCACGAGCGACAGCAAAAAGCUGAUCCCAGAACAGUGCUCCUGCUCUAAUAAGGCAGGGCACAGAAGCCGAUGGUGUUUCUUUUUGGGAGGGGAAGGAACGUCCCACCAACGGCUUGGCUGAAAACAGGGUGAAGAAGGAAAAGAAGGAAAAGAACAAG